CUGUGCUUGAAGAACUGUUACUUGUAUACCAAUGAGGCUACUCAGAUUAAGCAGCCUGCUAUGGUCAAUAGCUUCCUUCCACGCUGCAAAUCACUUUGUACAUGCUGCUGAAGCUGAAGACUAUCGCAUCAAGGCGUUGCCAGGCAUCGCUGAUCUCGGUAACAUGACACAGUAUGCAGGACAUAUAGAGAUCUCACCGGAGCACAACGCCAACAUAUUCUUUUGGCUGCUGAACAGCCAAAACGUCAAGUCAUCCAACAAGCUAGUCAUUUGGCUAAAUGGUGGCCCUGGCUGUUCAAGCAUGGAUGGAAUGUUUUUGGAGAAUGGACCAUAUCGCGUCAACCCAGAUAUGACUGUCGACAUUAACCCAGGAGGUUGGCAGGAUCAUGCCAAUAUUGUUUUUGUUGACCAGCCAGUGGGAACUGGAUUCAGUUUCGCAAAUACCGAUAGUUAUGUGAAGAACAUGACGGAGAUGGCAAUCAGCUUCAACACUUUCUUAGACUUGUUCUUUGAAGUGUUCCCUGAAAGGACUACCAACGAACUCUACAUCGCAGGAGAGAGUUUUGCCGGCACUUAUAUACCAUACAUUGCACAACAUCUAUUGCAGCAAAACAAAGCGGCUGGCACAAAAAAGUAUGAUCUAAGAGGACUAGCUAUAGGAAAUGGAUGGAUAUCGCCAUUGCAUCAGUAUGAGGCUUCAUACGACUUUGCCUUAAGAGAGAAUCUUCUGAAGGGUCAAUACAAGACGAUUGCUAGUGAGCACUUGGAAUACUGUAGAGCAUCGUUGGAGAGACAGGAGCUGAUCUCAAUCGGUGUUUGUGAGCAGAUUUUGUCCGACACAAUUGACAGCACCACCUACAUGGAAGAUGAUCAUUUCUAUUGCAUUAAUCAAUAUGAUAUUCGUAUGACAAAGGAGCCCUCCCCACAAUGCGGUAUAACUUGGCCACAUGAACUACACGAUGUCACAAAGUAUCUGACCAGUAAGAGCGUUGUACAAGCAAUACACGCUAACAAGCAAAUGCUUGGUUGGACAGAAUGCUCUGGUGCUGUCGGCAGAGCUUUGGAUUAUGAUGAGAGCCAGCCAUCGUAUUAUUUGCUCCCUGAUAUUCUGGAAGAAGUCCCAAUCUUGCUAUUCAGCGGUGACAAAGAUUUAAUUUGUAACUCUCUCGGUACCGAGUACCUUAUUGGCAAUUUGACAUGGGGUGGUGCCAAGGGAUUCCAGGGAUCUACCGCUCAAGAGUGGCAUAUAGGAGACAAAAUAGCUGGAUACAACACCACGGCUCGAAAUUUAACAUAUGUCUUAGUCAAAGAUGCAUCGCACAUGGUUCCAUACGAUAAACCUGUUGAAAUGUUGGACAUGAUCAAUCGCUUCAUUGGCGUCAGCGAUGGAACUGUGAAAGAUACUCCUAGCUGGGUUGGACCACAGCCAAACGAGGAUAAGGAGAUUCCCGCACCAUCCUCAGAUCCCGUUCAAAGUUCUCCGGAAACAAGCGAUGGAGAAGGGGAGGGAGAGGUCAACGAAGAUGAAGAUGAUGACCCUUGGAGUGAAUAUUACAACUGGUAAGCACCGAGGCUUAUGCAUCGUUAGAUGAGAAUGUUUGCAUUAACAUACUUGCCAUUAGGGGUACAUCAACUUUGAUUGUUGUUAUUCUUUUUGCCGGUAUUGCCGGGUUCUGUUGGUACCGAUCAA